AUGCAAUUUACCAUUCAAUCAAUUCGCGCUGGAGUAACAGCACCAUUCGUCUUAUCAAGAACCGUGUCGUUUCUUACCUCUGGACAGGUCCUUACGGGAGCAAAAUGGAACUAUCGGCUCAUCGAUGCUCUUGAGGGAGAUGGUACCACAAAUCUGAAGCUUUCAAAGCCAAAGUCUUACCAAAAUAUGGUGUCCUUGAUGUUCCUCAAUGCUGCGCCAAAUGAUCAACAUGCUAAAGAGAACCUGAAACGUGAACGUGAGAACUACCUCCUUCCUAGCAUCGCAUCAGGCGCGUUUUUUGGGAAGAUGUACGAUGCGAUCGGCGAUCCCACGAGUAUCGGCAACAGUGGUGGUGGCGGCAUAUCGUAUGCCGCUUUCGAAUGGCUGGAGACCACACUGGCUGACGUGGAAUACAGGCCUGGCAAUCGUAAAUACGCUAUGGCCAAGGCCAUUAUAAAGACAGUUUUGGGGAGCUGUAUCAUUCUGGCGAAUGAAGAACUUGGAUGGCAUUCGCUAAUGAGAUCAGAUUACAAGCCCGCUAACAUAUUGCUCUCUGACAUCGACACUAAUGAUAUUUCCGUGAAAGUGGGAGACUUGGGACUCGUAUUUCGGUCCGGUUCUCGUUGCUCAGCCCAACCAUACGCCAUGCGCGCCCCUGAAGUCUGGCAAGGCCAGCCCUGCACCCAACCCUCGCAGGUCUGGGCACUCGCCGCAAUGUUGCUCUGCUGGAUGAAGCCUGGAAUUUUGGGUACCUGGGGCUGUCCAACACCCAUGAUUCGUGAGUCAUGGUGCAUCGCGAAACUCAUGCGGCUCUUCCCUAGUUGGACCGUUCCGCCUCUUGAUAAUGAUGUCCGCCAAUGCGAAUUCAAUCUGGCCAAAGCUCUCAUCGACGAUCCUCCACCAGCGCUGGAACAGAUUUCUGUUCUGGAGGAUGAGUUGCGAAAGGUGGAUAUGCCGAUAGAGUUGAUGAACCUGGUUCAUUUCAUGUUGAUUGUCAACCCGGACGAAAGGUCAUCUGCUAUCCAUGUGUUGGCAUCGAACGAGUUUCUGGCUCUGGAAAAAGCUGUUGGAAGCACAAAGUAG